AUGAGCGACAAUGAAGAGUUCGAGAUCGAGCAACCCGAGUUGGCGGAAGAUGACCCGAUGCGAGCAUUUCUGCCGGCGUCCUUUGGCAAGAGGUCAAAAGAAGCAGACAUCGCCGCACAGAUAGACCGCAGCCGGCGGGGAGCAGAAAAGCCCAAAGCUGCACAGACACAACAGGUGAAAGACGAACCAUCGAGAGGAGGAGACUCCAACGCAGAUUCUGAUGGCGGCGACAGCGACGACGACGACGAUGAUGACGAUGACGACUCCUCGGACGAUGACGAAGACGAGUACCCCGUGUCACACGAGCUGGUGCUCAAGACCCACGAGCGGACGGUCACCAGCGUGUCGCUGGACCCCGCCGGGUCGAGGCUGGCCACGGGGUCGCUGGACGGCACGGUGAAACUGCACGACUUCGCCUCCAUGACACCGACGACCCUUCGCGCCUUCCGCAGCGUCGACCUGUGGAAGACAAAGAGCUCCGCCGCGGCCGAGUCGUACCCGGUCAACCUCGUGCAAUUCAACCCGCUGUCUGGCGGCACGUUCCUAUGCGUCUCGGCACACCCACAGGCCAAGAUCGUGUCGAGGGAUGGUGACAUUCUUACAGAGUUUGUCAAGGGAGACAUGUACCUGCGGGAUAUGCAUAACACCAAAGGGCACGUCUCCGAGGUCACCACGGGCACCUGGCAUCCUACGGACAGGAACCUGUGUGUCACAGCAGGCACGGACAGCACGCUGCGGAUAUGGGACGUCAAUAACAAGAGGAGUCAGAAAGAUGUCAUCGUCUUCAAGUCAAAAGCCGCCGGGGCAGCAGGGAGGACAAGGAUGACUGCGGUGGCGUGGGGGGCGCCGGCCUCUGGGGGCAGCAACGUGCUGGUCGCGGCUGCGCUGGACGGGUCACUGGUCUUGUACGGCGGAGAUGGACCAUUUACUAGACCGACAGGAGAGAUCAGCGCUGCGCACAAGGCUGAUACCUGGACCGGAGGUGUGGACAUCAGCUCAGACGGUCGCAUGGUCGUUACUAGGGGCGGAGACAACACCAUCAAGUUGUGGGACACGCGCAAGUUUAAGCAGCCGCUGGUGUCGGUUGACCACCCAUCGACGUCCGAUAAGUUCGCCAUGACGAACAUCAAGUACGCGCCGAACUCGACAAGCAUUAUCACUGGCUCGGCAUCCGGACACCUACACAUCCUCAACCCAGGCAAUCUAAAGCCAGAACAUGUCACACCGAUCACGCCCGGCGCGCCACUCAUCGUGGUCGAUUGGCACGCAAAGCUUAAUCAGAUUGUCACGGGCUCCGCGAACGGCGAGACUCAUGUCCUCUACAAUCCCACCAUCUCGCAGCGCGGUGCGGUGGACGUGAUGAGCAAGGCUCCCAAGAAGCGCCAUAUCGACGACAACCCGUCCAUGACCAUGGACCAGACCCUAGGUCUCUCUGGCGAUAGCAUUGUCAGCCCUGCUGCCCUUUCAGCACAACAACGGAGGAGCGCCAAGGCUGGGGUUACAGCCACGGGCAGGUCGCUGGAUCCUCGGAGACCACAGGUGCAGCAGAUCACACCAUUCAUGCGAAGCCAGCCCGAUGAGAAGCAUAUCGAGGAGAACAUUCCGCUGUCAAAGAUGCUGCACGAGGACCCGAGAGAGGCACUGCUUAAGUAUGCAGAUGUCGCGAAGAAGGACCCGCUCUUCACAAAUGCGUGGAAGGAAACGCAGCCCGUGACGCAGUAUGCAGAGUUGAGUGACGAGGAGCAGGAGGAGGGGCCAGAUAAGAAGAGGGUGAAGAGAUAG